AUGGUGGAAGAGGCGACUCCAGACUACCGUCUGGCGUCUACACUGGUCAUCCUGGGGAUCUGUGGAUUUGGCGAGACCGGUGGACACUCUGAAGUUCUGGACGAGCUGGUCCGAUUGAAGUUGAUUCGGGUAUACAGUGCGCCGUGCGGUACUGCAGUCCUCAUGAUGGGUCGGUGGGUGUGGUGGUCCCGUUCACUAGCCCCUCGAUGGCACACCGAGACUGACCACGACGACGAGGAGGGUCUUUUAUCCGAUCGCAUCCAGUCCAUGCGUCCGUGA